UUAAAUAAUAUUUUAAGCAAAUAUGCAGAAAUUUAGACGAGCUCAAGCAGAGAAUAAAAUAGCAAUCAACAAACAUUUAGAAGCAAAUGCUUAUUUAGGAUCAUCCAGUGAGGAUGAAAAUGAAAAAAAUGAGGAGGAUAUACAGACUGUUGUUGAAAAAGUAUUGUCUGCCUAUAAAGGAAAGGAGGCUGAUGCAGAAAAAAUUUUAUCAUAUUUGAUUAAUAUUUUUGAAUCUGGUAGUGCUGUUUGCUUAAUAUGUAUUUCAACUGUGAAAAAGGCAGAUCCAAUAUGGAACUGCAGCAAAUGUUUUGCAUUUUUACAUCUAUCUUGCAUUUUACAUUGGAUACAGGAUAGUUUGAAUGUUAAACGUGAGAAAGGUCUUACACUAAUAUGGGCAUGCCCAAAAUGUCGUAUGGAAUAUGGGCAAGAUGAAAUUCCUCAUAACUAUAAGUGUUUCUGUAAAAAAGUCAUAAAUCCUCCACACCAACCGUGGAAUAUUCCACAUUCCUGUGGAGAAAUUUGUGACAAGCUAUUGCAGCCAGAGUGUGGCCACAAGUGUGUUUUACUUUGUCAUCCUGGACCAUGUCCACCUUGUGCAAAAAUAUUAUCUAUCAAAUGUUACUGUGGCAAACAGAUGCCUCAACAACGGCGGUGCAAUACCAAAGAGUGGAGUUGUGGCACCAUAUGUAAUAAGAAAUAUAAACUAUGUUCACACAUUUGUAAAGAAGUGUGUCAUACAGGAGAGUGCCCUCCUUGUUCAGAAUUAGUACUACUUGAAUGUCACUGUAAGAGUAACAAGGAACUGAAGUUGUGCUCAGAAGGUACAUGGGUUUGUGAUAAACCCUGUGAUAGAUCUCUUUCUUGUAAUGUUCAUACAUGCCAAAGCACUUGCCAUUUACGUACUGAUUGUGGACCCUGUCCACUGGAAAAAAACAGGACAUGUCCAUGUGGAAAAAAGCGUUAUGCUAUUUCUUGCAAACAGGAACAUUUGCCUACAUGUGGGGACACAUGUGGCAAACUAUUAGAUUGUGCUUCACACUGUUGUAACAUGAGAUGUCACACAGAUCGAUGUGGACAAUGUUUAGAAGUAGUCACGAAAUCGUGUCGAUGCGGUAGCUAUAAGAAAGAAGUUGCAUGUGGCAAAGAAUUUCACUGCAAUAAAAAGUGUAUGCAAAUGCGUUUGUGCGGGAGACACUUAUGCAAUAGAAAAUGUUGCGACUGUGUGAUCAAAAAUACGUAUAACGUAUGUGAAAAAGUAUGCAACAAUACUUUAAACUGUCGUAAACACAAAUGUUUUGCCCCUUGUCACAGUGGCCCAUGUUAUCCUUGUGCACAAACUGACGUUAUACAAUGUAGAUGUGGAUACAAUAAGAUAAGAGUACCAUGUGGUACAGUCAAGAAGAUUAAACCUCCACCUUGCAAUAAGCCAUGUAAAAUACCACCUAUCUGUCAUCAUCCCAAAAGAGAAACUCACAAAUGCCACCAAGGCCCUUGUCCACCUUGUAAAAAGAUUUGUGACUUAGUGUACAAACGAUGCGGUCAUUCUUGCGUUGCUGUUUGCCAUACAAAAGUGUGGGUAAAAGUGACUAAGAAUGACGUAAAGUCUCAACCUGCUGGACCAUGGGAUAUACAGAAAGAAAUCAUGCAGCUAAAAACGUUACCAUGUCCACCAUGCGAAGUUUCAGUACAAGUUACAUGUUUAGGAGGACACGAGACACGUCCAUGGCUUUGUCACAUGGCCAGACCUACCUCUUGUGGAAGAUUAUGUGGCAAAAUGUUACCAUGUACAAAUCAUACGUGCGAAUUGGUUUGUCACAGAGUACCAUCUUCCGAUGGAGAUAAGAAUACUACUCCUUGUAUGGAGUGUGAACAACCAUGUCAGUUUCCUUGUAAGCAAUUAGUUAAAAUUUCGUGUCAUUGCGGAAUAGGUACCUUGUACCGUAGAUGUGCUGAACUAACAUCAGCUACGACUGUUAACCGUAACGAGUUGCUCAAAUGUGGAAAUCAAUGCCCCAAAAAUUUAUCUUGUGGACAUCGAUGUAUGAACAACUGUCACCCAGAUCUAUGUAUGAAUGAGAAGGAAUGCAACAAGAAGGUGAAACUAUUUUGCGCGUGCAAACGUAUUAAGAAAGAUUUUAUCUGCUCAGUAGUGCAGAAAGAGGAAAUUCAUAUAGAAUGUGACAAUGUUUGUAUCAAAUUGAAGAAUGAGAAACGUCAAGCUCAAGUAGCGUUAUUAGAACAGGAACGGCGAGCAGAAAAAAUACGUAAUCAGCAAGAAAUUGAGAAAUUUGAACGAAAAUUUAAACCCCGUCGUAAAGGAAAGGAUAAGUUCGACAAAAAACAAUUGCAGAAAAAAAUUUGUAAUAGUUAUAAAAAAUAUUGGAUUUUAGCAAUUUUUAUAUGCUUAAUAGGUAUUGUAAUAAUUUAUGUAUGCGUUAAAAAAUCGUGA